CAUUGGGUUGGUCGUUCAUGCCUCGCCCUCACUGAUCAACCACUCUUUCCGCCUUCUUGAUUCAUACAUUUUCUCCUUCCUCCUCACGAUUUCUUCCUCUUCCUCUUCGUUCUAUUAAAAUUUUGUUUUUUUACCGAGAAUAGUUGAAAUCGCAAUCCGGUUGGGUAGCGGAUGUAAAAAAAAUGGGGGAAGAAUAAAAGAGCAAUUAAGGAGUUGGAGGCAGCAAGACAGAGGGGAGAGAGAGACAGAGAAAGGGAGUCUGCCACUCUUCCUUCACCCGGUCCUCCUCCGUCCACACUCUCUCUCUCUCUCGCUCUCUGCGCGCACUGGAGACUAGAGUAGAGAGAGAAGGAAGGAGGGAGGAGGAAUUGGUUACUGGUUCGGUUUCUGCUUUCUGUUUCACCUCCUCGGCUAGUCGGCUGGUGGACUUGGGCCUGUUCGAGGUAAAGGAGGUAACUUUGAGUGGUUUGGUCCCUAGAGCGAAGAAAUGGAGGCCGGCGCAGGGCUGGUUGCCGGUUCCCAUAACCGGAACGAGCUCGUGGUCAUCCGCCGCGACGGUGAAUCGGGGCCCAAGCCGCUGCAGCAGUUGAGCGGGCAAAUCUGCCAGAUCUGUGGUGAUGACGUCGGUCUCACCAUCGACGGGGAUCUCUUCGUCGCCUGCAACGAGUGUGCCUUCCCCAUUUGCAGGACCUGCUACGAGUACGAGCGCCGGGAGGGUAACCAGAUUUGCCCCCAGUGCAAGACCAGGUUCAAGCGGCUCAAGGGGUGUCCUCGUGUGACUGGUGACGAUGAAGAGGAUGAUGUUGAUGAUCUUGAACAUGAAUUCGAGUGGGAAGAUAAUCAUGACUCACAAUACAUGGCCGAGGCAAUGUUAAUUGGCCACAUGAGCUAUGGCCGGCAGGGUGACAUCAACACCUCCCGUGUGGUUCAUCCAGUUCUCCAAGUCCCUCUUCUCACGAAUGGCGAGAUGGUUGAUGACAUUCCGCCGGAGCAGCAUGCACUAGUCCCUUCUUUUGUGGGCGGCGGAGUGAAAAGGAUUCACCCUCUUCCCUUUCCUGAUCACAAUCUUCCUGCGCAACCUAGAUCCAUGGAUCCUUCCAAAGACCUUGCUGCUUAUGGAUAUGGGAGUGUAGCCUGGAAGGAACGAAUGGAAAUUUGGAAGCAAAAGCAAGAGAAAUUGCACACGACUAGAAGCAAUGGUGGUGAUAAAGGCUGGGAUAACAAUGAAAAUGAAUCUGAUUUACCAUUAAUGGAUGAAGCUAGACAACCAUUGUCAAGAAAACUACCAAUCCCUUCUAGCAAAAUAAAUCCAUACAGAAUGAUAAUCUUAAUUCGACUGGUUGUUGCUGGGUUCUUCUUCCAUUACCGGAUUACAAACCCUGCCCGAGAUGCAUAUCCAUUGUGGCUCAUAUCGGUGAUCUGUGAAAUCUGGUUUGCUAUUUCUUGGAUUCUUGAUCAAUUUCCCAAGUGGCUUCCAAUUGAAAGAGAGACUUAUCUUGACAGAUUGUCCUUGAGGUAUGAAAAAGAAGGGCAACCUUCUCAAUUAGCUUCAAUAGACAUAUUUGUGAGUACAGUUGAUCCAAUGAAGGAACCCCCUUUAAUCACUGCAAACACUGUUCUUUCUAUCCUGGCUGUGGACUAUCCCGUUGAAAAAGUAUCUUGCUAUGUCUCUGAUGAUGGUGCUGCUAUGCUGACAUUUGAAGCAUUGUCUGAAACAUCUGAAUUUGCAAAGAAAUGGGUUCCUUUUUGUAAAAAAUUCAGUAUAGAACCCCGUGCACCAGAAUGGUAUUUUCAGCAAAAGAUAGAUUAUCUCAAGGAUAAAGUCCAUCCUUCAUUUGUAAAGGAAAGAAGAGCAAUGAAGAGGGAAUAUGAGGAAUUUAAGGUGAGAAUAAAUGCCCUGGUUGCUAAAGCACAAAAGGUUCCAGAAGAAGGGUGGACAAUGCAGGAUGGAACACCCUGGCCUGGAAAUAAUGUCCGUGACCAUCCAGGCAUGAUUCAGGUAUUCUUGGGUCAAAGUGGAGGGCAUGAUAUUGAUGGGAAUGAACUACCACGUUUGGUUUAUGUUUCUAGAGAAAAGAGACCAGGUUUCAAUCACCACAAGAAGGCUGGUGCCAUGAACGCUUUGGUCCGAGUCUCUUCUGUACUUACAAAUGCCCCUUAUCUGUUGAAUGUUGAUUGUGAUCAUUACUUCAACAAUAGCAAGGCAAUGCGAGAAGCAAUGUGCUUCAUGAUGGAUCCUCUUGUAGGAAAGCAAGUGUGCUAUGUGCAGUUCCCCCAGAGGUUUGAUGGUAUUGAUUGGCAUGAUAGAUAUGCUAAUCGAAACAUUGUCUUUUUUGAUAUCAAUAUGAAAGGUCUGGAUGGGAUUCAAGGGCCUAUUUAUGUUGGUACUGGAUGUUGUUUUAGAAGGCAGGCACUCUAUGGAACUGAUGCUCCCAAGAAAAAGAAGCCUCCAAAUAGGACAUGCAAUUGCUGGCCAAAAUGGUGCUUCUGUUGCUGCUGUUGUACUGGUAGUAGGAAGAAGAAGACCGCAAAAGCUAAGAAGGAAAAGAAAAAGACUAGUUUCAAAAAUGCUGAGAAUGGAGCACCAACAUAUGCACUUGAAGGCAUCAAAGAAGACAAUGGGACAGACAAACAAAAUCUGACAUCUGAGCAGAAGUUAGAAAAGAAAUUUGGGCAAUCUCCUGUUUUUGUUGCAUCUACUCUCCUAGAGAAUGGUGGACUGCUUAAGGGUGCUACUCCAGCUUCUUUACUGAAGGAAGCUAUCCAUGUUAUUAGCUGUGGCUAUGAGGACAAAACAGACUGGGGAAAAGAGAUUGGAUGGAUCUAUGGUUCAGUGACGGAAGAUAUAUUGACAGGUUUUAAGAUGCAUUGCCAUGGGUGGAGAUCUAUAUAUUGUAUCCCAUCAAGGCCUGCAUUCAAGGGAUCUGCACCUUUGAAUCUUUCAGAUCGUCUUCACCAGGUUCUGAGGUGGGCACUUGGAUCUGUUGAAAUUUUCUUGAGCAAGCACUGCCCUCUCUGGUAUGGAUAUGGAGGUGGACUUAAAUCGUUGGAACGGAUGUCAUACAUUAACGCUACUAUCUACCCUUGGACGUCAAUUCCACUUUUGGCCUACUGUACCUUACCUGCUGUUUGCUUGCUUACCGGGAAAUUUAUCACCCCAGAGCUUUCCAAUGUAGCAAGUCUUUGGUUCUUGUCACUUUUCAUUUGUAUCUUCGCAACUGGCAUCCUUGAAAUGAGAUGGAGUGGUGUUGGCAUUGAUGACUGGUGGAGAAAUGAGCAGUUUUGGGUUAUCGGAGGUGUUUCCUCGCAUCUCUUUGCUGUGUUUCAGGGGCUUCUAAAGGUUCUUGCUGGUAUAGAUACCAAUUUCACUGUGACAUCAAAGGCUGGUGAUGAUGAAGAUUUCUCCGAAUUGUACACAUUCAAGUGGACAACAUUGCUCAUCCCUCCUACAACAUUGCUUAUUGUGAACUUCGUCGGCGUUGUUGCUGGUGUCUCCAAUGCGAUAAACAAUGGAUAUGAAUCAUGGGGACCUCUAUUCGGGAAGCUCUUUUUCUCCUUUUGGGUGAUCGUCCACCUGUAUCCCUUCCUCAAAGGUCUCGUUGGUCGACAAAACCGAACGCCUACAAUUGUCAUCGUCUGGUCCAUUCUCCUUGCAUCAAUUUUUUCAUUGCUAUGGGUACGAAUCGAUCCAUUCCUACCAAAAUCAGAUGGCCCUCUUUUAGAGGAGUGUGGAUUGGAUUGCAACUGAGAGCCAGAGGUUGGUCACUAUUGAAAGUCUCUCAACCACGGCUUGUUUCUUGUCAUCGGCAUAUAUAUGUAUGUACACUACCUUGGGGUCUUCCUCAAGUACACGGCGGGCGGUCCUGCUUUAAGUUGUAGAUAAAAGGUGUGCUACAUUUUGAUUUUUUUCUUCCUUUGUAUGGUUCUUUCUCCAUCUCCCAUUAGGGAAUUCGAAGUUCUGUCUAGCAAUUGUAGUUUGUCUGUGCUAGCCGUUGCAGCGCCAGUUAUUUUUUAGUUGAUUAAACCAGUGGCAAGUCAUGUUUCAAUUGUUGCAGCCUA